UUGAGUGUUAAAGAAUGAUUUCCAUUUUCUUGAUCAAGUUUCUAUUCACUUGCUGGUUAAACAGGCCAAAGUGUAGGCACAGCCAAGAAUAUUGUCCUGAUCUCUUGCUGUCUGUGUGAAAGAACUGUGUCUCCUGGAGGGAUGUUGCGAAAGAAAAAUACUCUCUGUUUGGGUUGACUUGUUCUCUUCUAUGGGAUUCACCAGCCCAGGCAGUUUUCUCACAGCACCUUUUUCAUUUUCCUUGCCCACUACAGGUCAGCUGAUCUGUGUAUUCAGCGAUGCCGGUCAUGAGGUGAGUCAGAAAGGAACAUUUGAUGUUUCUCAUGUUUAAGAAUCGUGGAGCAAGCCGUGAGCUUGGCCUUGUGGCAGUAGAGUGUAGAGGGCCAGCUGGGUAGGCUGAGAGAAAAUCCAUUUCCAUGUCUGCAGCAGCAAUAACAAAGGCAUCGCUGGCUAUUUCCUAAUUUUCCAUAUCAGGUCUUUAAAAGAACUAAAAGCCCCGAUUUGCAGAGAGAAUGUUGCUCCUUGAUAGUAGCCAGUGUGGAAUAUGCAAUUCAGAAAAAUGUGCACUUCUGUUGAAUUGGCCCAUUUUAAUUUAGUUGCAGUGACUUAGAAUCCCAUUGCUAUCAAAGUUUCUGACUUGUCCUUAGCAGAGCGGGUUGUAGAAAUAGAGCUGAAUAGAAAUAAGCACUGGAUACAAAUAAGGUUAUAAAUUAUAGAUGUUAUGAAUUUGGUUCAAUUGGGUUUGGCAAAAAUAGGGAGUUGUCCUGGAUUUGGUGGAGGCAAUGGACAGACAAAGGGUGAUUGGACCAAGACAACAAUCAUUCAACGCCCUGAAGAAAUGAUUUGCCCAGAAUGAACAUCGCUAAUGGCAAUCAAAGCACCGAGAUUCUGCCAAUCAGUGCGCGGAUCCAAACCCCACCAAUCCUGGACCUAAGGGGUGUUAUAAAAAGGGGAGUUUUCAGUUGGGCGGGGCUCUUUCUGUUCCGUGGGCGGUGGGAUCGGUUUGCAGGAGAGAGAACCCAGUGUGUUCAUAACACACUGGUAUCUUUGAGCUGUUGUGAGGGGGCUCAAGCUUAUCUUGGACCCUCCGUUCCUUACAGCUUAUUUUUAAAUAAACGAGAGCCUUUUUCAUUUUUCUUAAAAAUCUGGCCUCGUUCAUUCAUUACAUCUUCUGGGGCCUCGUCCAGGAUAGGCCAUGCCCCUGAAACAGUCUGGGGUAGGCCAGGACCUGGGAGACUCGUCCAGCCACCUUUUUGGCUGCCGGAUUUCGGACUACAUUGGACCGCGGAAGGGAACACGCCUAUUCCCGAGGCCGGAAGGAACAAAACAGCUCAAAAAGUUGCAGAUCCAACGAUCCACGAAAAAGAUAGAGCAUUCUCCCUCGCACCUAGCAAUCUGGCCCUAAAAAGACAGAAGAAACAAGUUGAUACAAAAGGGAAAGUAAACUCCUGCAACAGUAACUGGUAAGAAUAUCAACUUGAUAAAUGAGGGAGAGGAGAAAAAAGGGGGAGGGGGCAAGACUGGAUCAGGUUACAUUCUUGCCACAAAGAGUUGCUGAUCCUCCGCUGAGGGGAAACAUGAUGGGGAGAGUGGCCUGUACCGGACUCCCAUUCAUAUAUAUCCUCCUGCUUAUGAUUGUUGAUAAAGGAGGGACGAUACCGUGUUAAAAAUGCUAUUACCCUUUACAUGCAGGAGAAUCUCAGACUGCCAUCCUCAGAACACACACUAACCCGAGUCCUACUUGUAUCAAUUUUUUGUCAGAACAAGCUGCAUGGAGGACGACAAAACAUACUGGCUAUUCGAAAAUAUAGGGAAUUUUAACAGAAAUUGUUGGGGGAAUCCCCUAUAAAGGAGAAAUAGAUCUGUUCUGAAAGAAAACCUAUGGAAGAAAAAGUGAAACAUGAGGCUUAUGAACCAGAUUUAACUGAAGAAAAAGAAAUAAAGGUGGUGAUUAAGAAGGCAAGAAGCAAGCUCCUGCUUGAAGUCAGGGAUUUUGGUGCCCUUGUUGUUUAGUUGCUUUUUUGCCUCUUCAGGCAGAGCAGUCAGUAGCAGAGCAGACAGGUGCUCUGAGUCCGCCUGAUUUUUGACUUUUAAUAAGAAGCAAGGAGAUGAUUGUGUUGUCCAUGAAGCUGUGGGGAGCCACUCUUGUCUUGUGCGGCAAAAGAAACAAACUGCAAAGUUCUGAACUAUUCUUUGCAGGCAAAAACCAGAGGCUGCAUGUGCCUAUUUGUUGCUAUAGGACACAAGACAACACGACACAGACACACUGCUGCUAUCAGGGCAGGAAAAAAGAGCAUUUAUUUUCUGACUCCUACAUUUAUAGAUUUCCAAAGGUGACAGAGGAUUGGAGGGUGA